AUCAUUGCCUUCCAAUCAGAAAGCUCUGUGCUGAGGUUAGGCCGAAGCUUCAACAGUAUCACUUUCGGUUGUAAGUCUGUCGAGGAGAGUAGGAAGGGGGUUUCAAAAUAGUUUGUAAACUGUUCUAAAGGAGGCGUAGUAAUCCCCGCCCACAACACGCCUAUUCAGACUGAAUAAAUACUGGUUCUAGCAGUUGUCCACUGAGAAGAGUCCAAUUUCUAUCUAAUUUUGUGACCAAAAAACAAUGGAGACUGAAAUUGAACAGCAGGAAGAAGAGACAACUUUCGGCAACACAGACAACGGCAAGCGCCCAGCAGAGGAUAUGGAGGAAGAGCAGGUCUUCAAAAGAUCCCGUAAUACUGAUGAAAUGGUGGAAUUGCGUGUUUUGUUGCAAAGCAAAAAUGCUGGAGCUGUGAUUGGCAAGGGUGGCAAAAACAUUAAAGCACUACGUACAGACUACAAUGCCAGUGUAUCAGUCCCAGACAGCAGUGGCCCCGAGCGUAUUCUGAGUAUCAGUGCCGACAUCGAAACAAUUGGCGAGAUUCUACUAAAGAUUAUCCCUACCUUGGAAGAGUACCAGCAUUAUAAAGGGAUUGACUUUGAUAGUGAGCUGAGACUGCUCAUUCAUCAAAGCCUGGCAGGAGGCAUUAUUGGUGUCAAGGGAGCCAAGAUCAAGGAGCUGAGAGAGAACACACAAACAACAAUCAAACUGUUCCAAGAGUGUUGCCCUCACUCGACCGACAGAGUAGUGCUUGUUGGAGGAAAACCUGACCGAGUUGUAGAAUGCAUUAAGGUUAUUCUUGAACUGAUAUCAGAGUCUCCUAUUAAAGGGCGUGCACAGCCUUACGAUCCAAACUUUUAUGAUGAAACAUACGACUAUGGUGGUUUCACCAUGAUGUACGAUGACCGCGGAAGGCGUCCCAUGGGUUUCCCUAUGCGUGGUAGAGGGGGCUUUGAUCGCAUGCCUCCUGGUGGAAGAGGGGGCCGCCCCAUGCCUCAGUCUCGCAGGGAUUACGAUGACAUGAGCCCCCGCAGAGGACCACCUCCCCCUCCCCCUCCCCCAGGGCGAGGUGGCAGAGGAGGCAGCCGGGCUCGCAAUCUUCCCCUCCCACCACCACCGCCCCCAAGAGGAGGAAGUGAGCCGUAUUCCUUCGAGAGCUAUCCAGCCAGUUCAGACGACGGAGCAGAUAAUGAUAGAAGAGGCAGACCUGGUGAUCGCUACGAUGGAAUGGGUGGGGCUGGAUAUGAUAAUAAUUCAUCGUGGGAACCAUUUCAGUCUGGUGGCCGGGGUUCUUAUGGAGAUAUUGGAGGACCUGUUAUAACAACUCAAGUUACCAUCCCCAAAGAUCUGGCUGGGUCAAUAAUUGGGAAGGGCGGCCAACGAAUCAAGCAAAUCCGGCACGAGUCUGGUGCAUCAAUCAAAAUUGAUGAACCUCUGCAGGGGUCAGAGGAUCGCAUUAUUACUAUCACAGGCACACAGGACCAGAUCCAAAAUGCUCAGUAUCUGUUGCAGAACAGUGUGAUGGAUGUCUUCGCUAGUUAGACAGUGUGAAGCAGUACUCUGGUCGGUUCUUCUAAAGGAGAGUACGAUUGAAGGAAAUCUGCGCUGCUUGGUUUGACCUGUGCCUGCUUCUGUUUAAAGAGCCAACAUUCCUCUGCCUUGGGUAGAUGUUCUGCAUUUGGGGUGUAGUUCAAGUUCUGCUUUCCAUCCAAUGUAACAUUUUAAUUCUUAGUGAACCUUACUAAAUGUUUGGAAUUUUUGAAACUGCAGCAGAAUGAGUUGAUUCUGGAUUUUAUUUUUGUUAAAUUGUUUUGAUGGUUUAUUGUAAUGUGUUUUCUGUAACUAAAUAGUGAACAGACUCAUGUUUAUGUACACCUGUUUGUAUGGACAAAAAUACUGGUAGUAUAAAUGUGCCAGACAUCCAUUCAGUACAAUGUGCAGAAUGUAAUCUUGUUUUGUAAGGAACAUUUUAUGAUUUUUAAAAUAAAUUUAGUAAACUAC